AUGAUUUCAAAUAUUAGUAAAAAAAUCCUUUCAAAUUCAUCAAAAUUCAUUCAACAACAAUCUUAUUCCACAAAAAGAAUUAAAGUAACAGGACCAGUUGUUGAAAUGGAUGGUGAUGAACAAACUAGAAUUAUGUGGGAAUCAAUUAAAUCAAAAUUAAUUUUCCCAUAUGUUGAUAUUACACCAGAAUAUUAUGAUUUAGGUUUACCAAAUCGUGAUGCAACCAAUGAUCAAGUUACAAUUGAUGCAGCCAAUGCAAUUAAGAGAGCAAAGAUUGGUGUUAAAUGUGCAACCAUCACACCGGAUGAAGCACGUGUAAAAGAGUUUGGAUUAAAGGAGAUGUGGAAAUCACCAAACGGUACCAUUCGUAAUAUUUUGGAUGGUACAGUAUUCAGAGGACCAAUCAUUUGUAAGAAUUUACCAUUGUUAGUACCAGGUUGGAAGAAACCAAUCAUCAUUGGUCGUCAUGCUCAUGGUGAUCAAUACAAAGCCACCGAUUUCGUUGUUAACGGUCCAGGUAAAUUAGAGAUGAUUUUCACACCAAGUCAAGGCGAGCCAAUUAAAAAGGUGAUCUAUGAUUUCAAAGGUUCAGGUGUUGCAAUGGGUAUGUAUAAUACAACUAGCUCAAUCACUGCUUUCGCUCAUAGUUGUUUCCAAUACGCUAUCGAUAAAAAGUAUCCAUUAUAUCUCUCCACAAAGAACACAAUUCUCAAGAAAUACGACGGUCAAUUCAAAGACAUUUUCCAAGAGAUCUACGAAAGAGAAUACAGCACUAAAUUUGGUGAAUUGGGUAUUUGGUAUGAACAUAGACUCAUUGAUGAUAUGGUUGCUUUUGCACUCAAGAGUGAGGGUGGUUUCGUUUGGGCUUGUAAAAACUAUGAUGGUGAUGUUCAAUCAGAUAUCGUCGCCCAAGGUUAUGGUAGUUUAGGUCUUAUGACUUCAGUAUUAACCAAUGCUGAUGGAGUUUUCGCAAGUGAAGCCUCCCAUGGUACUGUCACUAGACAUUUCCGUGAACAUCAAAAAGGUAAUGAAACUAGUACCAAUUCUGUUGCUUCCAUUUUCGCUUGGACAAGUGCACUUGGUCAACGUGGUAAAUUAGAUAACAAUAAAGAUCUCGUUAAAUUCGCUCAAGAUAUGGAAAAAGCAUGUGUUGAAUCAAUUGAAUCUGGUUUCAUGACUAAAGAUUUAGCAAUUUGUAUCAAAGGAAACCAAGUUAAAAGAUCAAAUUACUUAAAUACUGAAGAAUAUAUUAACAAAGUUGCUGAAUUUUAUAAUAAAAUUAAAUAA